CGCUGGAAGCUUGACUUGAAGCGCCGGGCUCGCCGGUCGCUCUCGUUUUCUCUUGGCUUCGCGCGGCCAUGGAGUACUCCCGGACCUGGACUUUGCAGACCUGAACGAGAGUCUGCGUCCCCGCCCGCGCCCGCGCCUGAGCGCCAGCGAGCAGCUGUACUGCUCCCUCAGCAGGGUGCCAUCCAAAUCGGGCCGGCGCCAGUCGGCCGAGCCGCCGCGCCGCUCCGCCUCGCUGUCGGAGCCGGAGGACGACGGCCCAGACGCCGCCGCCGGCGAUGGCGACUCUGGCGUCUUGGGCCGCCUCAGCCUGAGGACGCGAGUCCGGGUGGCGCGUCCGACGCCGACGGAGGCCCGCAGCCGGCGCGCUCCGAGUCUCCCACUUCGGACGGGAGCGAUUCGCCGUUCCAGAGGAGCUUCACGACUCUGCCCGACCUGAUCCACGGCGGCAGGCCGCUCGGCAGGCGCAGGACCCUGGGACACGUCAAUGACACGCUGAAGGAGGUUCGCCGGGAGGUGGAGCUGUCGCGAAGGCGCAGCAUCAAGCUGAAGGCGCAAGUGGACAAACUGCAGGAGAGCCGACAAGGCCCCGGAUGGAGUCGAGACCGGGAGCGGGUGACGGAGGAGGUGCUCUCCAUCUUGCGGCUGAUGCAGCUGAUGUCGGGCGACUCGGGCUCGCCCCCCCGGGAGCCGCCGCCCCCGGGAGAAAACCGCCUGGACGCCGCCCUCGCCCAGCUGCAGGACAUCGCCCGCAGGAUGGCCGUCAGCGGCAUCGCCAAAAAGGACGCCGGGUCGGCGGGAGGAAGCGCUUCGGGGGACGGCGCCCUGCUGCAACAGGCGCUGAGGGAUCGAGACGACGCCAUCGACAAGAAGAAGGCCAUGGAGACGGAGCUCCUGCGCAGUAAGUCGGAGAUGAUGCUGCUCAACAAUCAGCUGCUGGAGGCCGCACAGAAACGACUGGAGCUGUCGCUGGAGCUCGAGGCCUGGAAGGAGGACAUGCAGCUCCUGCUGCAGCAGCAGCUGCACCUGCAGCAGCAGGUGGAGCAGAGCCAGAAGAAGCCGUCGCGCAUGGCCAUCCUGCGGAGGAGCAAGGCGCCCAUGCAGCGGCCCGCCAGCUUCCCGGUGGCGCCGGGCCCCGCCCUGCCCGACUCGCCGGCGCGCAGCCCCACCCAGAAGUUCUUGGCCUGUCCCCGCUGUCGCCCAGCCAGGCCGCGCCCCCCGCCCACUUGGAGGGACAAGUGGAAGAGGGGCAACGGGGCCGCCGGCGGGGGGCGGCCCUCGCUCGAGGGGCUCCGGCGCAGGGACGACGACGGCUUCCAGGUGGUCUCGCUCGACUGACGCCCAAACACAUCGCCGCCGCCCCCCCUUUCUAGUCCACCGGCGGAACGAGCGACCCGCCGUCCAUCACGCUCCACAACAUGGGAGGGACGACAAAGUGACUUUUUCUUUUUUUGCCGCGGUUGCUUUGCUGACCACUUGGGUGGUAAGUAAACGACGUCAGCCGGCACCUUG